UUGCUUUGUUUUUUUAUAUUUGCAUCACUCGGAAAUGUGUUAAUCGCCGUCGAUUUUGAAGCGGACUAUUUCCUGGAAAACAAUCUGGUCUACAGACAGCGAUUUUUUUUAACGUCCUACAUACAUUUAAACAGUUCUGCAGUUGCAGGUCCAGGCUGAUAAAGGAGGUCCGAACUGAAAGCGUUAUGGAAGAGGAGCUUAUGAUGGCCACGGCAGAUGAUCCCGUGAGCACUGAGGUGGAGACCGGCGAAGACACGACCAACGACAGUCCAGUCAAAAAGGGAAGAGGGAGGCCAAAAGGUUCCAAGAAGCUGAACGUUUCUGUGAGCGACCUUAACAUGACACCUGAUUCCAACAGUGAGUCCCCGCAGCCCCGGAGAGGAAGAGGGCGCCCAAGUCUCUCUGCUGCGGAAAAGCAGGGAUCAGGAGACGCAAGCAGCUCUGCGCAAAGUCCUCGAGGCAGGGGAAGGCCGAAGAAACAGACCAGCAGUGAAGGUCCCUCUCCAACACAGUCCUCUAAAAAAAGAGGAAGGCCAAAAAAAUCUGUGACAGUCGAGAAAGAUGCAGCUGAAGAAAUACUCAACGGCAGCGUUGAUACACCAAAAAGAGGGCGCCCAAAAGGGUCAGUAAAGCGCAAGUCAGAAAGUUUGACGAGUGGGGAAGAAGAGGAAGGCAGUACUUCAUCACCUCGGAAAAGAGGUCGACCGAAGGGCUCUCCAAAUAAGAAACCCAAGCUGGAUCAAGAAGGAAGUAGUAGCGAAGGGAGUCCAGAAGCCACCGGAAGUCGAAAAUACCAGAAAAGAAAGAGGGGUAGGCCAAAGAAGUCAACACAGGAUACUUCAAACGGCAUUUCAAAGACGCCGAAGAGAGGACGGGGAAGGCCAAGACUAAGUAUUGGCCGGGAAACGGGGGGCUCUCCCUCAAAGAGGGGGAGAGGUCGGCCUAAAGGCUCUACAAACAAGAAGCGUGGUAAAGUAGGGCGGCCUAGGAAAUUAGCCGAUGCCCCCGCGAGAGGGAGGAGGCCCGGUCGUCCACGACAACAACCAGCAAAAAGAGGAAGACCCAGGAAAUACCCUCUGCCGUCACCUGAUGAGCUGAAGAAGCCGAGAGUGUGGAAGCCGCUGGGAAGACCUAGAAAAUACCCCCGCGUGGAACCUGCCGAGGGCGAAGACACGGCCCCCCCGAGAAGCCGCGGCCGGCCCCGCAAGACCCAGUCCAAGAAAGGUGCUCACCUACGCAAGAGUUUGACAACCAGUCCAUCCACAGAGCACAACGACGGACAGAGAAAAAGGCGCAGUACCUCAGGCGGCGCCAGAAGUGAAGAUUCCACCCCGCGGAAGAGAGGCCGCCCUAAAGGCUCGGCCAACAAGAACAAAGGCCGAGCUAAAGCGCAGGUCGACAGCCCGUUUCCCAACCAUUCAGAAGCAGAAGGGGAUUCGCCCAACGUCUGGAUGGAAAGUGAAGUGGCCUUGGAAAGUAGCGAAGAGGUGGCGGCCAUGAAAGUAGAUCACACAGAGGAAACUGUCAUUGUUCAGGAUGUAAGCUUCGACAUCAGUGACCAGGCUUGAUGAACAAUCCGGCCAGACCAAAUAAAGUCAACGUAGUGAUUGCUGUUAAAACAUAGAAUACAUUCUCGUCUAUUACUUAACAUGUUUUUAACAUUUUUGUCAGACGACCUGGCCACAUAUUCAGCAGGUCCUCUGUUUUUCUGACUAACUUGAUUAUUUUUUUCUUCUUUGUUGUUUCUUUUUUUUAUUUUUUACUUUUAAUUCUGUCAUGAGAUGGAGCAGAGGUACUGCAGUGGUAGUGUUUACUAGGACUGGCUUGUGAAAGUACUUAUUGUAGACUGAUUGUUCCAGUUUUCAUUUACUGUUCAAAUGUAGUGAUGUGACUUUAGUUUUAGUAAAAUGGUUGUUUAAACGGUUUGAAGGACAAACAAAAUGUAAACAAUAGUUGAUAAAACAGGUUAAACCAUACCAAGCUUGUGUACAUCAGUGCAGUAUUUCUUUCCUGUUUUUUUUUUUUUUUUUUUGGUCUAAUAAUUCUUUUUACUCGAUAUUUUUAUGACAAAUGCUAUAUUAAUCAAGAGUCACGUGGGCUUACCCCUUCUAAUAUUACUGUUUUGUCAGAUAAGACACACUAGGAACUUUAUGUAUGAUUUCAAAAACAGAUUAAGUUUGUUCCCCAUUUUCUCAUUUGGAUUUAAAUGUAUGUCAUUGAGUCAUCAAAAUAUUCUAAUGUUGCACAGGAGUCAAGAUAAGAGAUGCUGGAGAUCCCUAUUUGGCAUCUUUUUGAAAUUAUUUAGAGGAUGUAGUUUGCAUGAUUUCACUUUCAUUGCAUCUUUGAAACAAACGGAUCAACAGAUAUACACUUACAAAUUCCAAAAAUGUUGUUUAGUCUGUGCUGGAUGAUUACACACGCCGGCAGUUCCGGCCAUUUCAACUUAAACUUACAUUUAUUAAUAUGUGAUAUCAAACCAUCUUUUUUAAAGCACUUUGUUGGUUUUUCCUUUUAAUUUGACAUCCGUGUGUAUUUGUUUGGCUUGUACUUUGUUUCUAUUUGCCGUUAUGUGGCUAUAAACAGGCUUUUAUAAACAUUUGAGCCUCACAGGUCUGCAUAUGGAAAACUGCAAAGUAUUUACUGAAUGGUGGUCUUAUCCUGAAUUUUUAGUGAUGUUCCCGAUGUUUGUAUAAUUUGUCUUUUUUGAUUUUAUUUUUUAAUUCAACCCUUCAUUAUUGUAACUAUUGAGAUUACAAAUGUUUGUCUUAAGAUUGAGUGUCUGUGGGGGAUUCUCCUCAAAAUGUUAAAUUUUCAAUGCCAUUUCACUGUCACUCAUGGAUUAGUGUUUGUUUGGCCAGAGCUUUGAAUGUAACGUCCCGUCGUUUCAGUUGGCUGGUUGUUCAGUGUUCUCAUGUUCCAUCCUCUUUGGCCCAUUUAAGCUCUGUUCUUAUGUUGUAAACAUUUCACAGAUUUUCUCUAAAUGUUUGGAGUGGAGCUCUGGGGCCUUCCUAAAUUUCUUUGUUUUUAAGUACCAUGUAUAGUGUGAAUUGAAAAAGGUAAAAUUACUGACUCAAAUGAAGACUUCGGUUUUAAAACAUCAAUGAAAUCUGACCCGAAUUGGUGAAGUCAAAUCAUUUUGUCUGUUUUGAACAAGGGGCUAAUAACGUGUGAGAAUACGGUUUAAUUGAAAUAAAAUGUACAUGUUGCUGUUUUCUUUCCAA